GUGGGGCUGACAAGAAUAGACUACAUUAUGCAGUUCAUUUAGUUAACAAGUGAAAUAAUGGGGAAGCGUGCAGUGGGAAUGCCGAGAGAAAAGCACAAAACCCUAUUGAGAGCUCUUGGCCGCUUACAGCGUAACCGUCACAUGGCCGAACCGAGUCCACGCCGGCUAUUUAAGGCGCUGCUGUGCGCCUUCAGCACCACUUCGCUGUCCACCGUCCCAACAGGAGCACGCUGACGCAACGAGCAACGAGCAACUCCCCAGCGCGCCGAGCAACAAGUUUGCAAACAUGCCGAGAUCUUUUCUCGUGGAUUCGUUGAUUUUAAGGGAGGCCAACGAAAAGGGGAGUGAGAAUAACCCACCUUUAUUUCCGUACGCCGUGCACUCGCCGCACCAUGCGCACGGGCUGCCGGGCUCUUGCCACUCCAGAAAAGCAGGGAUGCUGUGUUUCUGUCCGCUGUGCAUGGCGGCGUCCCAGCUCCAUCCGUCUCCACCGACCCUGCCGCUCCUCAAGGCUUCCUUUCCGCCCUUCAGCUCGCAGUACUGCCACUCAGCUCUGUCCAGGCAGCACGCUUCAUCCAACACCGUCAGCCUCAGCCAAGGAGCGGGGAUUUACCAAGCUGCGUACUCGGUUCCAGACCCGCGGCAGUUCCACUGCAUUUCCCUCGAAAACACAAACGGCAAACUUCAGAGCAGCAAGCGCAUGCGCACCGCCUUCACCAGCACGCAACUUUUGGAGCUGGAGCGAGAGUUCACCUCCAACAUGUACCUGUCCAGACUGAGGCGCAUCGAGAUCGCCACAUACCUGAACUUGUCCGAGAAGCAGGUGAAAAUCUGGUUCCAGAACCGCAGGGUGAAGCACAAAAAGGAAGGCAAAAGCAACGGCCAAAGGACUGGAUCACAUAACUGCAAAUGCUCGUCCCUGUCAGCCGCCAGAUGCUCGGAGGAGGAGGACGAUGACAUUCCCAUAUCUCCAUCGUCGUCAGAAAAGGAGGAUGUGGACCUGUCCGUUUCUCCCUGAGCUCCAAAAACGAGCAAACAGAAAUCUUGUACAUAGACAGAUAAUAUUUAAUCAGACCCAACAGGUCCAACAGAUUGUAUAAAUUGUAUAUUUGUUGUGUUUUGUAGUUUUUUUUAAACAGUCCAUGUUGAUGCUACUCCAGUGAACGUGAAAGACAUGUUUGAGAUGACAGCCCUCUAAAGAAACAAUAGUAUUAUUGUUUAUUAGUAUUUCUGGGGGGUAAACAGCAUGUUGUAUUUGAAAAAAAAAAAAAAAAAACAGUUUAGAUCCACUUUCCACAGUGGAGCCCCGGAAGUUUUUGGGUAGAAAUCUGUCAACAAGCUGACACCACUCUGAAAUUAUAUCUCCUUUGUCAUUGGAAAAUAUUUAUUUAUUUAAAAAUGUGAAUACUUAAAUAAAAAAAAUAUUUCUGGGUUGCACCCUA